CAAGAUGACCUGAAAGUGCAUAAUCAGAGAGGCAAGGAAAAGACGAAUACCAAAGAGACAGAUGUGUACAGCUUCCCAGCUGACUCUGAGCCAGAGAGCCCACCUCACGGGCCAUGGACACACAGCCCCUUCGUUCAACGCAGGAGGAAAAAGAGGGCCAUACUGAGGCCUUUCUCUGGACUGGGCACCUGGCAGCGCCCAACUGGUGGUGGCAGAAUGGGCAGGAGUAGGCCCUCAGGACCAAAGAAGCAUAGGAUCACAGAGGAUGUGGGAAGAAUGUCUGGAUUUAAAGAUGAAAAGGUGGAGAAAGUACAAGAAAGGCAAAGGUCCAUAGUAGACCUCCAACUGGAUGGAGACCUCUGCCAAGACAUAUUCACAUGUGUAGAAUGUAGCAUUUACUUCAAAAAGCAAGAUCAUCUACGUGAACAUAUGCAAGAGCAUGGCCAAGGCAAAGGUCCUAUGAAGAAAUGGGGCGGACAGCUUACUGAAAGCGGGUUUGAAUGUGUAGAGUGUGGUCAAGAGUUUGUAGACCGGCUGCUACUGCUAGAUCAUCAUAGAUGCCACAAGGAGUCAAGGAGGAAAAUCCUGGAGGAGAUUGGAAAACUAAAUGAGGGAGGAAAGAGCGUGGAAAAGCAAGCCAGUUGUAGUGAAGUAUCAGAGUCGGUUAUCAAAGAGUCAGCAGAAGUCAGUUGUGGCCAGUUCGUGUGUCUUAAGUCCAACUUUAGCUCUGAUGAGCCUCAAGAGUUUGCAGACCAUGAGAAGACGCACAGCACUCGAAGAAGGGCUGGUGUCUCUCGAAGUUCACCUCGUAUACAACAUAAAUCCUCCAAAAAAGGACAAGGCUCCACUGCAGAUGCUGCGUCAACUCUUGUCACCUCGCCUCUUAACAAGAGGUACCCCAUCCGAGCAUCCAAAAAAACAAAAGAAACACAGCUUGAUGCUGGCCCUUCACAGGUGGACUCUAGUUCAGGGAUUAGUCAAAAUACCCCUGCCUCUGCAACCCCAGGAGAGGCCACAGACCAGCCUGAUAAAGCAACCCUGCUAGCAAAUUCAGUCCUAGCAGAGAAGUCAAGCCAAAUAGGAGAGACAGUGGCAAAUCCUGUGGAGGAGAAUGUCCUGCAACCUCAGUGUCUCAUGUCAACACAUCCAAAUCCAAGGGCUGGUCCACGGCGUAGGGAUGUGGCAUUCAAAAGCAUUGGGAGGAAGCGCAAAGCGAGGGUUGAAAGGGAUAAAUUGGGGCGUACAAGAGCAAGCACACGACUAGAUCCUAAGUCCACCCAGACUCAAGGAGUAAAAAAACGGGUCCAAAUAUCAAAUCGGACCGAAGUGAAGACCCAGAGAGAAGGCACUCAAAGAGCAGAACCAGAGCAUGAGCCAAAACAGGAGUCCAAAACAGGGAAGAAGCCACCUGCCAAUGCUCUGAAUCUUAAAGCCAACUCCUUACAAAAAAAGAUCAGCAAAAAGCUUGAAGCACAGGAAGAAGAACCCAAACUUGAAAAAGACAAAUCUGAUAGCAAAGGCAAGUGUGGGGAAGACACACUUGUUGUAGAAGAUGAUGGAGAAGAAGAGGAGGAAGAUGUUGUUAAUUGUAUUAUUGGUUCAUUAACUGAUGAAGAUGAAGAUGAUAAUGAUAUAGAAGAUUUGUUGAAAAGCGUUGAAAGAAAAUGCCCUUACUGCCCAGAUCAGUUCCAUAAUGGCAUCGGACUAGCCAAUCACAUUAGAGGUCACCUGAACAGAGUAGGUGUCAGUUACAAUGUCAGGCAUUUCAUCUCACCAGAAGAGGUCAAUGCCAUUGAGAAGAAAUGUUCCUUCCGAAAGAAAAAGAAAAAAGUCGCCAACUUUGACCCAUCAACCUUCAGUGUGAUGAGAUGUGAGUUCUGUAGUGCCGGUUUUGACACCAGGGCUGGCCUCUCCAGUCAUGCUCGUGCCCAUCUUCGAGACUUUGGCAUCACAAAUUGGGAAGUCACAGUUUCUCCCAUUAAUAUUCUCCGGGAGAUUUUUGCCAAGCAUCCAGAUCUUGUUCUACCUACUGUCCUCUCUCAUACUGUCCCGUCAAGUGAAGAGCUAAACUCUGAUGAAGAUCAGGACACUGAGAUAGAAGAAAAGGAUGAAGAGGACAUGACCACUAAACCUGCCACUUUUUCUUCUGACUCUCCAAAACAACACUGGAAGGAAGAACACAAUAUCAGCGGACUGGAGGGUGGUGGUGAGGAGGAGGAUGAUGAUGAUGAUGAAGAGGAAGAGGCCAGAAUGCCCCUUACAGAAACACUGGGCACAAAUCCCAGAAAAAAGACUCUGUUCUCCCUGCAGGAACACAGUCCUGAAUCCAAAGAGACAGACUCUUUGGGCUCCAACCUUUUGAAAUGUGAGAUUUGUGAUACUUCCUUUGAGACACGUCGUGGUUUAUCUAGCCAUGCCCGCUCUCACCUACGCCAGCUGGGUAUCGGCAUGUCGGAAAACAGUGGAGCACCCAUUGACCUCCUCUACCAGAUCACUAAGGAACGUGCCAUGGAUGCUCAUUUCACUGGCACCUCCCCAUAUUUGGCAUCACCUAAGAAGCUCCAGCACCAUUCCCCUCCUGUUUCCAUGCCAAGCCCUAAAAAAGAUAUUGAAACUGAAAAGGGACUGCUGGACAUCAAACCAACUGUCCCAUACUCUGUUGUGGGUUCAGCUAAUAAAGUUUCCUCUUCCCCAAAUACUUUCUCCAUUACAGGCUCACCGCCAUCCUCUCCAUUUGUUAAAUCUCGGUCUCCAUCCCCAGUCCUGAGAAAGGCUCCAAUCUCUUCCCUACUCCCUGUGUCUUCCCCACUGCGAUCCCAGGAGCAUAAGACCAUGGGAAAGAACCAGGCUUCAAACCUCUCCAAUCCCAGCAAACCGUUCUGGGCACCGCAAGAGACGGAUGCACCGUUGAACCUUACAAUGGACAUGGACUCUAAAGACAUUAUUUGCCAGCUGUGUGGUGCGUGGUUCGAAACAAGAAAAGGUCUCUCAAGUCAUGCUCGAGCCCAUUUGCGCCAUUUCGGGAUUGAGUACUCGGAAUCCAAGGGCUCCCCCAUUGACUUACUGAACCGAUUCAUUUUGACAGAUGAAUUUAAGCACAGAGCUAAUUCUUUUCUCUCCGAUGGUCCUGAAGACUUGAGGUCCCCAAAGACCAGCAUGGCUUCCCUCUUGCCCUCAACUUCUACUGCUUCCUCUAAGAGGCCUCCUCCCUCUAGUCCUAUCCUAUAUAAAACUGCUCCAUUGAGGACUACCAUUGGGUCCAAAGCUACCUCGCCUUCUACCCACACCCUGUUGGGCCCACCAACAAAGAAGUUGAAACCCUCCUCUUUGCAGGUUCUUCGUUUUAGUGGUGGUGAAUUGAUGCCCUUUCCCAUAGAACCAAUGAAAGAAGUGAAUUGUGAAUUCUGUGGAGAACUUUUUGAGAACCGCAAAGGCCUCUCUAGUCAUGCCCGCUCACAUCUGCGUCAGCUUGGCAUCACUGAAUGGUCUGUUAAUGGCUCGCCUAUUGACACACUCAGAGAGAUUAUAGUCCGUCGAGGCCUACCGUCUAUUGUGCCGCUAAAAACCCACAAAUCCCCCUCUUCUUCUCCGGGCCCAGGACUGCCUCGGUCUACACUCCAGUGCUCCUCUCCACCAGGGAAUAUUCUCGUCCGCCUGCCUUUCCAUUUCCCCCAAUCACCAAGCCACGAUCAGCCUACCAACAGGAAAAAGUCUCCUUCGACAUCUACCGCCAGUUCUUCUCCAACAGUGGAAAUGGUUAAACCAAAACCAGAGCCUGAAAUUGUAGAAGUUACCAUGAAAGGGUCAGAAAUGGGAGUGAGUGCAUCUUACACCCCAGAGCCGCUACAUCCUAGUUUGAGCAGUUCGGAUAAAGUUUUUCCUGUCAACUUGGUCAUGACUCAAGAGAAGGAACCUUCCCAUGAUAUCCGAUGUGAUUUCUGUGGCGAAUUCUUUGAAAACCGCAAAGGCCUAUCAAGCCACGCCCGUUCGCACCUGAGGCAUAUGGGUAUCACAGAAUGGUCUGUAAAUGGCUCGCCCAUUGACACUCUGUGGGAAGUAAUGAGAAGACAGGGCACCGUCCCUGCAUCUGCUGCCUUGGGCAUAAAGGAGGAACCGGGACAGGAUGGUAGACUAUCACUGAACAGUCCUGGCUAUCAGUCCCAUGUAUUUUCCCGCAAGUCACCCCUAAACCUGCUCCACUCUGGCUCGCGCCUCCACAAGCAUGGGCUUGGAAGCAUGGGCUUAUCUCGCACCUCACCUAUGGGGAAGUUUUUUGGGGUGGUUCCGUUGAGGAAGAAGGUGCUGGUGGAGGAUGGACAGCCAGGAGAGAAGUCCCUGCUCGUGCAGUCUAAAAGCUUCUCACCUCCCCCACAGGACCAUUCCUUAAAGGGGAAUAUCUCCACAGAGAAGCAAGGGGUAGGCCACAUGGAUGCCAGCUGUGAACUCUGUGGAUUCUACUUUGAGAACCGGAAAGCAUUGGCCAGUCACGCCCGAGCACAUCUCCGACAGUUUGGCGUAACAGAGUGGUGUGUAAAUGGUUCACCCAUCGAGACGCUGAGUGCCUGGAUACGCAGCCGCCCACAGAAGGCAGCAGAGAUGCAGCAAAGUUAUGCGCAAGGAGGCCGCUACGUCCAGAAGAAAAGGUGCAGUUCCUCUCUUCUCGACUCACCGUCCCAUGAGUCUGACCCUACAGCCCCUGUUUCCUACAAGCUUCCAGUGGCCAAGUGGGCAUCUCUCACAUUGCCUCAAAAGAGAGCAGUUGGACGGGAUGUCAACAGCGGUUCUUUGGGGUUGUCUUCACGGGCACCAGAGGCCAAAAUUAGGAGUGGAAGUUUGAAUCAGCAUGGCCUUAUUCAACAAUCUGGCAGUCAUCAUUCCAAUGACACACUUUCACAUGUGCAGGUGGCGCAUAGUGAACUCAACGUUCGUUUGCCACGAGUAUUUGAGAGACGGCCACUUAAACACCCGUCACAUGCUGAGGGAGGGGAGAGAGAGAGUGGCCCUCCAAAACCUCGCUCCAGUACAGUUCCUGCCCUUGUGCCAAAGCCCCCCUCCACCCCACUGGUUAGACUUGUGGGUAAAAUCUACUCACUUAAAUGCCGGUUUUGUGACGUGGAGUUUCACGGCCCUCUCUCGGUUCAGGAAGACUGGAUCAGGCACCUGCAGCAGCACAUCCUCAAUCUCAACUACAAGAAGACUUCACCACCCGCAAUCGAUACUCCUGCCAAAUGUGACACUUCUGUUCCCAAACCCCCAUCCUCAGCUGCUACCUCCAUUACAACCACAGCUCCUACCACAACCCCGUCCACGCUCUCCCCAAAAGCUCCAACCACACCAGCCUCCACACCUACACGCACACCAAUCCAAGUCUCCACAGCGGCCCAUAUGGCUGGCCCAGUGCAACCAGCCACAGCAGAGCCACUUCCUUCUCUUACUUACUAGGCCAUGUUUGCAUUGCCCACAUAUGACUUCAAAUUCCCUACUUAUUACCUCCCUCGUCCUUUGUUUUGUUUCUGCACAGACUGUUACCCAUCUUUGAAUAUCUCUGUCUCUGAUCAAAUAAUUUUUUUUAAAAAGAAUCUCUGCUAUCGACCCACUUACAUGUGACCUACAUCACAAGCAUCUGUUUUGAGAGAUUCAGGCUUGAGGUAGGUCUGUUGCCAUGACAGUUCUCAGCUCUCCUUUGGCUCUUAAAGGCGCAGUGUUUAAUUUCUGCACCACUAAUUUAGGCACCAAAGGGAAUUGCAUUGAAUUGGGGGUAGUUGUGUUUGGUUGAUUAGCUUUGCUAGUUAGGCCCUGCUGAUAGAUGCUUUAACUACAUCCUUAUACAGGAAAAAGACAUGUUUCUCCACUGGUAGUUCAAAUGUAGUUGUGUUUUCUGCUGAAAUAAUUUAUUGCAAGCAACAUGUAAAUUGCAGCCUGAUCUCACGAAAAUUCCAUGUCUGUGGCAACAUUUUUACAAAAUGAUAUUAUGUGGUCCAUAACGUGGUUCUGAGGAGUAAUGUCCACCGUGUGGCGCAAAAAGCAAGAUUUUCUCCCAAACAGAUGAGGUUGUCAAGGUUAAUGCUCUGCGGAGAUUUAAAUAAAAAAACCUACCUCUCUACCUUAAACAUAAGUGUCAGAAAAAGCAAAUGUGACAUGAAAAACACAAUAUCUGAAACAACCACUUCCUUCUGUGGUGCUUCUAUGACACUUUUGUCUCACGUGUCGGCUUGCAUGCUCUACAAGACUUGUACCCCGGUUCUUGCAUCGCAUGUGCAACGGUUUAUCAGUUGAGCAACUGCACAAUUUGAUCGUGCAUGAACAAGCUUGUAAAUGUAGUUGGCUAGUUAAUGCAAAUGCUAAUAUAUGGGCUGUCAAUCGAUUAAAAAUUGUAAUCGUAUUAAUUACACGGUAUGCCGGUUAACUAAUGGAAUUAAUCGCAUACAUAAAUAUUUGCUGAGAAAGCCCCUCAAAUAACAAUAAUGCAAUAAAUAAUUAUAAAUUAGAUAUAUAUAUUAUGAAAAAAUGUAAAACAGAUAAUUAAGAUGCAUUAAAUUAUUGUGGCAAACAAGUUAAACAUUAAAAAUGACAAUAGAAAAAAUGGCUUUAGAAUGCAAUAUAUUUUUAUUUCUGUAUUAUUGUAGAAUUUGGCAGUCAGUCUGAGAUUUAUUAUGAGGGCUUGUUUAAGGACGCGCCGAUGUACACCUGCGUACGACGAACACAUUUGGAGCGUCUCGGUUGCGUUACAUCAUAAACAUACAGUUUAUAGGCCGCUGUGUCAAGUUGAACGUAGAUUGAAAAUGAGAAAAACACGUCUUGAGAUCCUUGCUUUCAGAUUCGCUCUAUCAAGCUGUUCGUAUGCACGUGUUCUCAUCUUGUGCUGUCUGCUCUCAGUGAGUUUGGUUUGCUCUCUAUGUAAGCUGCGCGUUGCCUAUACAGCUGAAGUUUCGCUUACUGCCCCCUGGAGAAAACAGGUGGUACUACAAGCUUGAAUUGCUCAGGAAUCUUCCUUAUUACGGUCCGAGGACAUGACACAUUUUUGACACGUUAUUUUUUAUAUAAUCAACUGCACCGAAUGAAUGCGUUAAAAUUAAGAACGCGACAGCCCUAGUUCAAAUGUAUCACCUCACGAGUCAAGUGCUAUAGUAAACGUUUUUAGAUAAGAAAGCAUUAUGUGAGAAGCAGGGCAAAAAGUUAAUGUUUAUAAACUGAUAAUCUGCUGUUUUACUCGUGAUUUGUGUGAAAAGAAAUGAAAGUCAUUGUUGUUUUAGUGCAUCUAGUGUUCAUUUCGACCGCACAGAAGCCACAUAAAAAUCAUUUUGCAAAUAUGUAAAAAUAUAUGUAGAUACAGUAAAGUGAUUCUAUGGGACCAGGUAGCAAAUUGCAUGUAUUUAAUAUAUAUUACAGUAGAUGUUUCACCAGUGACCGAAUAACAGCAGGGGGAAGCUUAAAAACAGUCAUUAUUUUUUGCAAAUCUGUUUGGUGCCCCUAGUGGUGCAGAAAUGACACUACAGCUCUACGAAUGAAAAAAGACUAAGGAAAACACCACCGUAUAAUUAUACUUUUUCAUGCUUUUACUGGUGUCGUUUCAUUUAUAUUUAUUGGAUGAGUCUGUUUACUUCUAUUCAGUAUGCUAUUUUAAGCUAAUGCCCAGUGCAUUUUAUUUCUUAUUGCUUAAGAAGCACUCUUAAUGAGUGAAACCAUCUAGCCCAUCAAAUUGUUAAAUAGUGUACAAAUCAAAGAAUUACAAUCAAAAUGCACAAACGUAAAGUUAUAUUCAACCACAAUCCCAGAUUUCUUCAACUUGAAAUGGUUUCAAGACAAAGCACUUAAAUGAAAGGCUUCUUAAAACAAAGCUUCUGUUUCUAGCGUUGACAAAUUCACAUUUUCAUACUAGAUUUGACUUAUAAUUAAGUUCAAGCUUGCGCUGCCAUGUAGCCAUCAACGCAUUUCAAAUGUGCCCACUGCAAACAUGGCAUGCAUAAUCUGCAGCCUUUUAUACAUUCUUGUCACCAGUUGAUAACAUUUGACUAGAACCAAUUGCUGCUAUUUAUUUAAAUAAGCUAAGCACACUUAGUUAAAUAUCGUUUUAGCACAUCAUGACCAACAUUUGUACAACACGAGCAUGAAAAUUUCCAUCAUGCCUCCCAGUUGUACUCUUAACAUAUAGAUGAAUGCCUUCGUUGCUUUUUCGUAUGACUCAUUAUUUUGUAGCACGUUUGCACAUGCUAGGUCUUAUGCAAAAUAGGUUUUCCAUGAUGCUUUAAUGAAUCUGAUCCUAUAUUGCUCCAUUUUCACAGCAACGUUCUGCCAUUUUUACUUUCCUUCUCACGUUAAUUCUGUGCUUGUCACUUUAAAUGAUACAGCUGACGUAGCUGUUGUAAAAAAAUCUUUUUUUUUAAAUCCUGAUGAAGCUUUCUGAUAAAUUGCCUUGGAAAAAGGUGAUGGGCCCAUUUUAGGCUUUUUGAAAGCCUUUUUUUAAAAUUAUUAUUAUUUACAGAUUUACUACGAUCCCAAAUGAACUUAUGGCUCAUUUGAAUGUUGAAUGAACUAAUAUAUUUAUUUGGCUUCACUACAUCAAUUUGAAUGUUUCUCAAGAGUAAAAAGUUGAUGCACAUUUAUCUGCAUCGAUUAAGGGAGUGUGUGUUUGAACCCAUGUAUGUACUGUAAGUGUUUAUACUGUAUACAUGGGUUGUAUGUGUACAUUCUGAUUGCCUGUGCGUUACAUUUUCUUUUAUUAAAACGCCAUUAAGAAGAUGUUUUCAUGAAAAAUUACAAAUUUGUCAGUGACUGAAUCUGCCAAAGAGCAUCUUUGCAUCUCAGAAUGUCACAAAUUGGUCUCUUUAAAGGGACAGUUCACCCAAAAAUUUAAAUGUUCACAUUAUUGACUCACCCUCAUGCCAUCCCAGAUGUGUAUGACUUUCUUUUUUUGCUGAACACAAAGGGAG